AUGGAGCCAAAGUGUGACCACUGUGCAACUUCACAAGCAGUGAUUUACUGCAAAUCCGAUUUGGCUAAACUAUGCCAAAACUGCGACUUCCACGUACACUCUGCGAAUCCUCUAUCUCAUAGACACUCACGCUCUUUGAUCUGCCAGAAAUGCUUCUCACAGCCAGCCGUAAUCCGCUGUCUCGGUGAGAAGGUUUCAUAUUGCCAAAGAUGUCAUUGGCACGCAAGCAACUGCUCGGAUUUAGGACACAGAGUUCAGAGGUUGAACCCUUUCUCUGGUUGUCCUUCUCCAACAGAUUUUGUCAAAAUGUGGUCUUCAAUUCUUGAACCUUCUGUCUCUAGUUUGGUUAGUCCGUUUGUUGGUUCUUUGCCCUUGAAUGAUCCCAAUAAUACCAUGUUUGGAAUGGCGAAAAUCAACGAAUUAGACGGUUUGAUCGGUUCCCCUUAUUCCAUGGUGCCACACAGCUUCAAUGUCACUCAGAAUUUCAGUGAUCAAUUGUCUUUCUUUUCCGUGGAAUCUAAGGGAUAUCCUGAUUUGGUUCUUAAACUUGAAGAAGGCGAAGAAGAUUUAUGUGAAGGGCUUAACUUUGACAAUGCGCCGUUAAACUUUGACGUUGGAGAUGAUAUUAUCGGAUGUUCUUUAGAAGAACCCAUAGAACCGGACCAUACAGUACCAAAUUGCCUACUGAUCGACAAGAAUAACACAUCCGUUACCGCCUCAAACUUUACUAUAGACAAGGCUUUUGAGGCAUCGUCACCAGGACAACAAAUGAACAUCAACACUGGACUUCCGCUUCCUCUAUCACCUGUCUUGUUCGGACAAAUCCAUCCAUCGCUUAACAUCUCCAACGUCACAGGUGAAAGCAAUGCAGCUGAUUACCAGGAUUGUGGGAUGCCUCCAGGGUUUAUAACGAGUGAAGCACCAUGGGAAUCGAAUCUUGAAGUUAGUUGUCCACAAGCAAGUACUCAAGCUAAAUUGAGAUACAUGGAGAAGAAAUUAAGCGCUCGUAAUUUUGGGAAACAGAUUCGAUAUGCAUCGCGCAAAGCAAGAGCUGACACGAGGAAAAGAGUGAAAGGAAGAUUUGUGAAAGCUGGUGACAAUUAUGAUUAUGACCCAUCAUCACCGACGACAAACAAUUGAAAUUUACAAAAAAUAAUGUACAGUCUUCUUUCCCAAACCGACACAAAUCAUGCUUCAUGAUGAUGAUAAGGUUGGUAAAAACAGUUUCUUGUCGGAAAAGUAAUGUAAUCGUUUGUCUUAUUUGUGUAUAGUUUGUAUGGAUCGAAUAAAUCAACAUGCUGAGGCAUGGGAACGUUGGAGAAAA